CAAAAUCCCUUCUCCUCCCUUCUUCGUUGCCCGCAGCUCUCUGUUGCCUGGUGAAUGAAGCAUCAGGCAACGCUGCAAUGAAGCCGAGCAGCCCAGCCAUACCCACCCUCCAGUGUUGAUGGUCUAUCUCCGCUCCCUGCCUUCAAGUUUGCCUGGGCGGCUUCUCGUCGCUUACAUGGCUGCUCUGGCAGUGCUUGCGAUGAGGCCGACGAGAACGGGAGAAGAGAGCAUUGAUAGCGGUGAGAGGGCAGUUGCGAAGCGGCUCGUGUUUGCAAAGAGUGAGGGGCUCAUGUGUUUUUGACUGCUGCAGGCGCUUCGGCCGUGGGGGGCGAACACAAACACAAGGGUAAGCAGGGGGCGAGGCACAUUCACUUCGCAUUGAUGCAUGUCAUUGCAGUGAUACAUCGGCACGACUCCUCGGCCGUCCCUUCAUUUGGAAAUGCCAUACUCGAAAGACCCCGCACCAACACAACAGAUGGGCGCGAUGCCCAUGGCAAACGCCUUUUCUCUGGUAAGGGGAAGCCCCAACACGGCAGCUCACGAAUAGAUCCCUUGUAUUGUCCGCAGGUCUUGACGCUGAACCACACGGUAAUACAAGUGAUCCCACUUCUCGCCCGUUGGCUGGUGGUGUUGGCCCCGAAGAUGAUCAAGGCCCUCCUCCUACCAAUGUAUCGCCCACUGACGACGUCACUGUCAACAACACAACGUGCGGCUACCCCAAUGGCACGGCCACUGAGGGAAGCUGGACAAAGGUACGGAAGAAUGGACAGACAUAUUUCAAUCAUCCCUCAUGUCCUUGUUGCGUGUCUCUGCUUUGCGUGCACCGCCAGCUGGAGUGCUGGGACAGUUUCUAUUUGAUCGGCAUAGCCGUAUUCGGCAUCCUGCUGGUCGUUUUGACGGGUGUGGGCCUGCUGUACACUGACUUCACGUCUCUGGGGAGGGGAGGACCGCCCCGCAGUGAGGAACAAGCGAGAUGAAUCUCAUGUCCAUCAAUAGAUGAUCGCACUGUGCGUGUGCUUUGACUUGUACUGAAGGAGAGGACAACCUCAAUUCGAUCAUGUCUUUAUUGUUCUCACAGAUACAAAAGUCAUGAAAAAA